GUAGGAGCCCGCACGGUUCCCGCCCUCCCUGAAACCUCUCCACGUUGAGGAUCUUUGUAGCAUCCUCUGGUUCAGUGGUAACUGUGACAACCACCCACCCCCCUCCACCGUGCCCAGGUGUACAGUGGUGAAGGGAGUGUAUUGCCUGGUGUUACGCUCUCCCAGUGAAUGCAGAGAUGGAGAGUGAGCAGAGAGCUGAGCAAGGUGCUGAGCAGUACCAGUGCUGUGGGCUCCUGCAGCAAGACCUGACAGAGCUCUGUGCCUGGGCUGGCAUCACUUCCAUCCCCAGGGUCACUGUGCGGCCUUCCUGUGCAGCAACUGAGGGUGCAGAGCCUUGCAGACUGGGAGAGCGCUGCAUCCAAGUAGAGCUGCAGAAUGACAAUGACCCCCGGAGCGUCUGUGGGGUUUUCUUGCGAGGCUGGAAAGUGGAUGAAGAGAUGCUGGGUGUGCUCAGCAAGUGCCUGCCUGCCCUGGGCAGCCUGAAGACCCUAAACCUCUGGAGCACUGGGCUGACUGAUCACAUACUGCCUGUUCUAGGCACGAUGGUGGCAAGGUGCCCCCGGCUCUGGUCGCUCACCCUGGAGGGCAACCCUUUGCCAGAGCACUCCUUCCACGUGCUGAUGGGGGCCAGCAGCACGCUGUCCCAUCUGUCUCUGCGCAACAACUGCAUUGAUGACAGGGCUGCACAACUUCUGGGACAGGGCCUCUCCAGCAUGAGCUCCUCCAACCACAGCCUGCUGUCGCUGGUCCUCAGCUUCAACCGCAUCUCUGACGUGGGCGCAGAGCACAUUGCUGAGGGGCUGCGCUGGAACCGCUCACUGCUCUCCCUGUCCCUGGCCCACAACCGCAUUGGGGAUGCAGGGGCAGUGAAGCUGGCAGAGGUGCUGCAGCCCUUCAAGUUGAGGCACGAGGAGGUGGUGGAGCGGAGGAGGCUGCAGAUGGAGGAGCAGGGCCAGCCCCGUGCAGCUGAGUCCAGCAGUGGGCAUGCCCUGAGCCUGCAGGUCAGUGCGGCAGCAGGCAAGCUGUCUGCAACCAAACAGCGCACAGGCACAACCAAAAAGAAGGAGCUGCUGAGGAAGGACAAGAGCAAGCAGAGCAAGAAGUCUACUGCCCCUUCAGACUCCCGACCCGGCCGCAGCCGUGGUGCAAAGGGUGCCAUCGAGGAGCAGCAGGACACUGAAGCAGAGGAUCUAGCUGAGCCCAGCCACCCACUGCUGGAGCCAGGCUUGCACUGCGGUGGGAAUGUCAUCCUGCCUGGGAACCGGGUGCUGCUUAACCUCAACCUGUCCUACAACCGCAUCACAGAGCGAGGCCUGGGCGCAUUGCUGGCUGCGGUGGAGGGGCAGGAGCAGCAGGAGGGAGCUGGGGGGAGACAGGGGCUGCGAUGCCUCUCGCUGAAUAGGAACAACUUCUCCAGUGCCUGUGCUGCCUUUACCCGGCUCCAGAAGCUGCUGCUGCAGCGGGACCCCCUCCCCAAGCUUGUGGAGGGUGAGGAAGAGCACAGCCAGGAUCCCUGAGCACCCUUAGAAGCAGCGCUUUUCUGGGCUUUUCUUAAUAAAUUUAUUUUUUAA